AUGAUGCGCCCCAGCGAUCACGGCUCGCUGGACGUUGUCCCUGCCAAUCUACGGAUUGUUAGAGAAAUAGAUCGUUCUGAUGCGCCUUCGGAGUUUGAAAUAGAAAUUGAAGGGCGGAAACACGCUCUGAAACUUAAUGGUCGAGACCUUAAUCGGCUCCGCUGCGGACUAAACGCCUAUAUGAAAUUUCGGGAACAUAGUGUCUGCGAGCGGGGAUUUGUCCCAUACUUCUACGGCCACCUUUUAAAUGCCGAAAGUUUGAAUUGCGAGAACUAUUCUGAGGCCUGUUAUCACCAAGCAAUAGAGGGCAUGAAGCAGAUACGCGCUGCUCACGUUCACCACCGAGAUAUAUACCCCAAAAACAUACUCAUUGUUCCUGGCGACGAAGAGCGAAUGCGGUGGAGUGAAACUGAAGAUACGUAUGUUGCUGAGUUUGGGGAAUCUUUGCGAGAAGACCAAAAACAAGGGCUCCGUAAUAAUACCAAGUAG